AUGACGCUCCAUAUCCUUGGUUUGCAGCUCCAAGGUUCAGCGUUGGUCGUGCCUGCCGUUCACCGCCAGCAUGCCAUCUCCGUCCUGACAUGGCUACAGUCGGCAUCCGCUGCAGCGCUGGCUGCGUUUGGGGUCGUCCAUCUCUCAGCACCCUUGAUUGGACUACUACACCUCAACGGAGACGUCAACGACCGAGUGGAUGCAGUUUCAAGAUGGAUGCUUCUCGGUCGAGUGGCUUACCAGAGUGGAGUCGGUGAGGCUGUCCUUUGGGCUUCGCUUGCUACCCACCUGGUUGCUGGGUUUGCCAAGAGGCUUACAAUCCGCUUCAGUGUUUCUCGCUCAUCAAGCCCUCAAACAACACGCCCUGGGAUUGACAAUGCUUCGGCUGGACCUGCCGAGGACAACGGGGAAAGACUGCAAACCGGAACAGUCUCAACACCAGCGAGAAGUAUUAAGCUCAACAUGGCGCAGAGGUCAGGCUACCUCUUAGCCCCGUUUGCCCUACACCAUGCCUUCGUCAACCGCAUUCUGCCCUCAUCAAGAACGCCGCCUAUAUCUGGUCUGUCGCCCUCCGAGCUUGACUACAGCUUCGUGUCUCAUUCGCUGUCUCACCCAAGCGUUCCUGUCCGGCUAAUAACAGCUACGGCUUACACGCUUCUUCUCGGCACUUUCGCCGUCCAUACAACGUAUGCGCUACCGGCCUUGCUGAGAUCUCUUCCUGGACGAUUCAGGGCUUCAAAGAAGGCUCGAUGCUCGCAACUUCAGGGUUCGACUUUGCUUGCAGCGCUGUUGCUGGCAAGCUUGCUCGCCAUCGUUCCAAUGAGCUCCAGCAACAGGCUGGCCAUCUCUGGUACACUCAAGAACAGGUACGAUACUGUACUUGGAUCAGCGUUCCCAACUCGUUACUUCUUCCAGUCGUGA